AUAAAUACGUCUUCACGACGGUUAGAAAAAUCAGUCUUCCUUAACGAGGAAAGGGUUACACACAAGAGGCUUAUAGUCGUGAAAAUAGCAACACUACUCUAUCGCUCUUGUCCUCUCCCUUUCUUUAAAGAAGAAAUAGUAGUAAGUCGUAUUUGUCAGGCUUGUUAUUCUCCUUCGAUGGCCUGAAAUGGUAAGAGGCGAUGAUUGCUGCAUCGGCUUCUGAGUUUGAGAAUGGAACAGAUCUCUGAUCGGUGACUCGCAGGCGACUCACUGAGUUUUUUGUGUAGAGAUCCAUUCCCAAUUUUUGCAUCUUUCCGCAAUUAGGGUUACUGAAAUUUUUUUACUCUUUCUUAGCUAAUUGAAAAGGCGAAUAUUUUCCUAAGCCCUUUGCUGAAAUAUUUAUAAUCUUUCAUUUUAUGCUUUAACAAGUUAUAAAAAACAUCGAAUAUUUUGUUUAUGUUCUUCACCUUACUUUUGUGUUUCCACACGAUGUUAGAACUUGAUUUCGUUAGUUUACUAGAUAAUUCUUUGGAAAGCUUCUCUAAGAUUGUUGCAAUUUUGUUCUAGUUUUAUUUACGCUCAUAUUCCAUUUUUUCUAAUUCUAGGGUUUCUGAAAUCCGAUUUUUCCCCGAAGCCCUUCCUUUGUUUAUUUCGUGCUUUGUUCUGAUUUGUUUUGUGAGAGUAAAAAAUUUGCCCUGUCCCAUCAACCUUAUUUUUAUCUGAGAUUAGUGCAAUUUUGUUCUUAGUUUUAUUGAGUGCUAGAGUUGUUGAAAUUUUUGUUUCAUGGGUAUGAAUAAGGCUUCUAUAGUUGUUUCUAAUGUUCAUUUGUUGAACUCUUACUGCAAGUUUGCUCUAUGGUUUUGGUAUACGCACUACACACGUUGGAUAUCUAUGUAUGUUUUCUCCUAUUUCAUAAAAUUAAUUUAGAAUAUUUGGGUGUAGGACUGUUGAUAGUUGAUAAGUUGAUGAGAGUUCACCCUUGUGUAGGUAAAUGUAGUUGAUUGCUCUUCUUCAUUUUAUAUUGAAUUGGAGGCUGGUGAACAGAGUCUUCAGUCAUGCUUUCUAAUUUCAAUGUUAAUGAAUAGAAAAAAUUCUUACUCCUUUUUUCUCUUCACAUUAAUGAUAAGGCAAGGAGAUUGGUCUUCAUGUGACAGGUUUACUGAUACCUUGAUAGAGAGAUAUGUUUAUUUGGAAAAAUAUUAAUUGGUUUUCCAUGCUCAGCCCUAUAUUAACAUUGUUCAUGGUAUAUUUAAGCUACGUCCUACCAUGAAAGCAUGGACAAGCUCUUAUUUUUCCUUAAUUUCUUGACAAGGAAACUUUGGUUAUAUUGUACGUGCGAUUUGGCAUAAGUCAUGUACGCAUAAAAGCCAUUGUCAUGCUUGUUCACUUGUCAAUGAGUACUAACCUAUUUUUCAUACCUUUUUUUCACUGACUUUCUAUUAGGCAUUAAAUGUUUAUAUUUUUAACUAGACUCGGAACGUCCACAUAGCAUGCUAUGUUAAAUAUAUUACGGGGUUGUUCUUGUCUACUGCAUAAUGUGACCCCACUGCAGGAGAUGUGGGUAGAGUUGUUCUUGAUAUGAGUUCUUUUUAUAUGUCUUGACACAAUGCAGGUUCUCAUAGGUAUGACUUUAAAGUUCACACAUAAUUGAAAUGCACAUGUGUACUUUUGUCAAAAGAGUUUCUUUAACAAUUAGCAAGCAUAGGUGAUAAGUGUGUGAUGUUUGGGGAGUAGCAAUGCAGACAUCCUUUUGCUGGCUGAAGAAAUAAUCUACUUCCACGGUAAUUGUUUCUUUGAUCUUAAUACACUCUUGUUUAAUGCUAGCGUUUCGUAACUGAAUGCAGAUGCGAUCUGAGGACUACAAAUUAUCCUACUAUCUCAGUUUUUGAGUUUGUUAGAUUCUGGUUGCAUUGCAUGCAGCUGUUCAAGAUAUCCAAAUAUAAUCUCUGGCUUAGCUGCAAAUAUGUGCUCCAGCCACAUCUCAUUAAACUUGGUUUUUGCCAACUGCUUUUUGAUAGGUGGUUUGAAUUGUAAGGGGAGUCGUAACCCUCGAUUGAGCGGUGAGUCGAGUGCCUUCCUUCCCUCCACUGCCGUUGCCAGAGGCCGUGCCACACUGGUGGCGGCAGUGGUUUAUUUUUCCAUCUUUGGGCCGGAAAACUCCCCUACUCACAGAUAUUUUGUCAGGGCAGGGGCGAGUUUCAUAAAACAAUGAAAAUUAAAUUACUUAAAACUAUAUUAUCUCUCUUCUGAAUUUCCAAUCUCAAGAACGAAAUGCACAUACAGUUUAAUAUGUACAGUUACUUAUAAACGUUGGUUUCUUUUCCAUUCUCAUUUUUCUUAUCUCAAUCUUCAUUUUAUGAUGCAAAUUGCACACAAUUUUUUAACUAAUAAAAGAACAAAAAAAUGCAAAUAGAAAGAAAAGUAAGAGACAAAGGAAAAAAAUUUAAAAUUAAAAUUAUAGUAUAAAAAAUACUAAAUGAUUAUCGUUUCAUAUAUCCUUUGUAUGGAGCAAAUUAUUAUAUACAUAAUAAUGGUGGAUAAUCCUAUUUACUAAUACAUCAAAAUUCAGAAAUAUUGGAAUUGUGUUUAAAAGAUGAGGGCUGCAAAUAUGCAAUAAGGAAACUAUAGGGACUACAAAUGUAAUUAAAUCAAAUAGUUAUACGAAUAGAAAACGAGGUGGAAUGAGUCCAUUACAUUCUUCCCCGUUGAAAAUUUGCGAAGCUUCGCGUUGUCGUGGUCUCAUUUUCCGUCUCAAACGCGGAAUUCGGGGGGGAAAAUAAAGCUGAAAAUUCGACCCCGAAUUCCUGUUCUGCCGACGCAAAUCUAGGGAUUCCUCGCCUCUUGCCGGAAUCUCCGCCGCCGGAGUUUUUUUUUUCAAAAUUUCCGAUUUUAUUUGUUCUUCACUGUGAAUCCCGAAUUCGAGGAUUCCUAUUUUCGAUUCGUAACAAAGAGAUUAAGGAAUGGGGACUCCGGCAAUCCCAAAUCUCGGGAAACACUGCAGCGUCGAAGAUUGCCGCCAGAUUGAUUUCCUGCCCUUCACCUGCGAUUGCUGCCAAAAGGUGUUUUGUCUUGAUCACCGGAGCUACAGUAGGCAUCAAUGUCCGAAAGCUGGCAAGAAUGAUGUCACUGUCGUCGUCUGCCCCCUCUGUGCUAAAGGAGUUCGCUUGAUUCCUGAGGAAGAUCCAAAUAUUACAUGGGAAUCACAUAUUAACAUUGAUUGUGAUCCAUCAAACUACGAACAAGCCACAAAGAAAAGGAAAUGCCCUGUGCCUCGAUGCAAAGAGUUGCUCACAUUCUCAAACACGAUCAAGUGUCGGGACUGUAAUAUCGACCACUGCUUGAAGCACCGGUUUGGACCUGACCACAGCUGUCCUGGACCCAGAAAACCCGAACCAUCAUUUCAGUUUAUGGGUUUUAUGAACAAAAGCAGAAAAGAUGGACCCAAGCAAGCUGCAGCCUCAUCUUCAUCGAAGUGGACUUCAGGUUUCCUCAAUUUAGCCUCGUCUGUCCGCGCUUCAGCUGAGGCGGGGAUGACAAAAUUGAGCAAUGAAUUCAAUCAAGCCUUAAGUACAAAUGGAGGGGCACAGAACAGUAACAGCACGAGCACAAGCACAAGCCAUCAUGUGGAGGUGUGUCCACAGUGCAAGUUGAGAUUCUCUAGCGUUGGAGCUCUCGUGGACCAUGUGGAGAAGGUCCACGAGAAGCAUGGGGUUAUGAAGGCGACACUUGAUGUCUGCCCCAAAUGUAGUAAAGGAUUCCGUGACCCUGUUAAGCUCGUAGAGCACGUGGAGAGAGACCAUGGAGGUGUGUCAAAAGCCUAACCAAGAAAGAUCAGUUGAUUCCCGGUAUUCUGCAUAUAGUUUACCCAUUCUUUUUCUUAUAUCAUAUGAAUUCUCGAGGUGUGAUUGAAAGCGCUUGAGCUUUUUGUAACAAGGAUUCAUAUCAAGAUUUAGGGUCCUUUUGAAAAUCUAAGAUUCAUAUUUCAUUGUAAAACAUCUCAUACUUUUCUGUGGGCUUGUCUUUUUGUUACACUCAACCUAUAAUUUUUUUCCCCUUUUUUUAGCUUAA